AAAAAAAAAAAAACCAACAACAACAACAAAAAAAAAAACAGCGCUACAUGGGCUAACCGAGCACAUGGGCAGAACAUUUAGUACCCUGGAUAUGAGAUGAGAGGGGCGGGCUCGAAUUAGGAGCAAUAGACGCGGUCAGAAAUCUACCGAGUGAAACUGCAGCUGGUCACCGGCCGUUUCGAGGGAGAAAUAAAGAAACGGCGCACACGGAAAUUGUUACUGUGUGAUGCCAACACGCAAAAAUGACCACUGAUCGGGAUUUGCCAAUGGACGGCCAGUCAGUCACAGCUGUGUUUGCUGCAAAGGGCGUUGAUGUAACAUCCAAUAAAGACCAAGGAGUUAUCAAGGUUGUUAAGCGUCCGGGGUUAGAUGGAGACCGACCAAUGAUUGGGGACAGAGUGACUGUCCACUACACUGGAAAGCUGCUCACAGGGAAGAAGUUUGACUGCAGUCGAGAUCGCAAAGAACCUUUUUGCUUCAAUGUGGGCAAGGGACAAGUCCUGAAGGCCUGGGACAUUGGUGUGUUGUCCAUGCAGAGAGGUGAAGUAUGUAUGUUACUGUGUAAACCAGAGUAUGCUUACGGACCUGCCGGAAAUCCUGACAAAAUUCCUCCAAGCUCCACAGUCGUGUUUGAGAUGGAGCUACUCAAGUUCGAAGGAGAAAUUCUUACAAAUGACAGCGGCAUCAUAAGAAGAAUAAAGGUCAAAGGGGACGGUUACACUAAUCCCAACGAUGGAGCACGUGUUGACGUGCACCUGGAGGGGAGCUGUGGUGGUAGACUGUUUGACUGCAGGGAUGUUAACUUUAUUGUUGGUGAGGCUGAAGAUAAAGGCAUUCCUCUGGGAGUGGACCGAGCUAUGGACAAGAUGCAGAGAGGAGAGUGCUGCUUACUUUAUUUAAAACCAAAGUAUGGCUUUGGAAGCGAAGGUAAACCGGAGUACAAAAUUGGACCAGACAAUGACAUUGUAUACGAAGUUACCCUCAAGAACUUUCAAAGGGCUAAAGAAUCCUGGGAAAUGGACUUGAAUGAAAAGCUGGAUUUGGCUGCUGGAGUGAAGCAUAAAGGCAAUCAGUAUUUUAAGGCAGGGCGGUACUUGCAGGCGGUCAUCCAGUACCAGCGCAUUGUUUCCUGGCUAGAGAUGGAGUGUGGUACUGGGAUAGAGAAGCAGAAGAAGAUAAAAGACUUUAUGUUGACGGCCCACCUCAAUUUGGCGCUGUGUUUCCUGCGGAUAAAAGAGUUCUCACAAGUAGUGGAGAACUGCAACAAGGUGAUUGAGCUUGAUGAGAGCAAUGAGAAGGCUUUGUAUCGUCGUGGGGAAGCACGUCUCCACCGCAACGAGUUCAGCCUGGCCAUGGCAGACUUUCAGCAAGUGCUUCAAGUCAACCCCUUAAAUCGGGCAGCUCGUGCUCAGAUUUCCAUCUGCCAGAGCAAGAUUAAGGAACAUCAUGAACAGGACAAGAGGACCUACGCCAACAUGUUCCAGAAAUUCGCAGAACGGGACGCCAAGAUUGAGAAGACCAAGAAGAGGCGGGAUGAGAGUGUGACGAGCGGCAUGAAUGGUGAAGUGGGCAUUAAACGACGACGGAGGAGUCAGGACUGUCUGUUGUAAUAGUGACAUUUGAAAGGGAGAAAAAGAAAGACAUGCCUCCAUUUGCUUUCCUAGCCCAGGGAGCAAAGGCAGGAACGAGGUCGUAUAAAAGGCUCUAAUCCAAACCUUUAUUAUCCCAAAAUCCAGCGUUACCAUUCCUGCAUAUAAAACAGAGUGUAAGCAGGGACAUUUGCAAGCCAAACAGCAUUUCCCCUGUCACAUGGACUGUGCAGCUGCCAGGACACAUCUCCCAGUGGAUAUUAGUACUGCAGAAACAGUGAGUUAAGAUGUGGUGAACAGUUCUACACCCCCCCCCCCAAAAAAAAAAAAAAAGAAAAUAGUUUCUUCAAAAACUCAGAGGAAUUCUACUUUCUUUGUCAUUAGUUGAGAUGUGGCUCCACAGUGUGUUUCCAAUACUGCACUCACUGGUUCUCAAACCUCAGACUUUUAUUUGGUAUUAAGCCUAUUCUUGGGCAGCUGCAUGCACGUGUCACAAGGUGUUUGGGAAUCAGGCUUGAAUUGAACUGUGCUAUUUUGUAAAAUGUGCAAUAUGUACUAAAAAAAAGUUUCAACAAGUCCUGUUAGCUCAGUGGUAUUUUAAAGGAAAACACAAUCAAUUCUAAAAUGUAAGAAAAGUAAGUUGCCCUCAACUAAGCCUUUUUUCAAAUGAAUAAUCACAGUGUAGGCAGUUAAACAAGCCUGAAAACAUUUAAUGUUGGGACAUACAGAAAUACUAAAAUACAUAUAAAAUCACUGAUAAAAUCUUAAAGUUUCCAGUAAGCAGACACCAGAAGCAGAGAGAAGAAUCUGAAAAAAGCACAAACUACAAAUACUAAAUUAUACCAAAAUAUAAAUCUGUAAUUCUGGUGUUCUGACAAAUUCACAGUUUACUGCAUUUGGUUAGCUACUACCUAUAAAGACAAAUCGGUAAAAACUUUCUAAAGCCCAUGAUAGAACCUAAACUGUGGUGUGCAGGGAUUAUUUACAGAAAUACAUUUAAAAUUUCUUUUGGGAAAGGAUGAGGCCUUGUUUUCCUACGGUGGGUUACACCACGGUCAUGCACUCAAAUAAUUUAUUCAUGAAUACAUGCAUGAUAGAUCAUUAUUAAUAUGUUGAAAUCUUGUAUUUUAUCAAUAAAAACACAUCAGACAGUAUAAACAGUUUUAAUGAAAAGACCAGCCUGGUAUUGGAGUUGAUCAAGUAAAACAACUCAUGAUAGGUGUCUAGAUAAUUUUUAUGGAUUUAUUACAUUUUAAGCCAGUGGCAGCUGCAAAAACGUUGAAUUAAAAAAAAACAAAAGUCAAACUAUUAUAUAUAUAUAUAUAUAUAUAUAUGUAUAUAUAUAUAUAUAUAUGUGUGUGUGUGUGUGUGUGUGUAAAAGUAAAUGUUUCCGCUCCUGAGCUUUGGUGGAUUUUAGUGACUGAUGACUCAAAGUUUCUUCUGUUGCACUCAUUGUAUGUUUAUCUAUCAGCUAACAGCAUGGCACAAUCGUCAGCGCACGUAAAAUCCUCAUUCAGCAGGUGAAUACAUGAUUGUAUCAUAACUGUAUACAUGAUUGUAUCAUACUCAUAAUUGUGGUUCAAACCUCCCACCAGAGGGGGUUUUUGGUCAUUAAGUCACCCCACUCCCACCUCUGUAUUUGACAGGGCAGACACACUAGUAUUGACUCUGUGCGUGCAAGUGGGAGAAUGACACAGAAACUGCAAUUAAGCUUUAAAAUCGACAGAAUCAGUUUUUUGUCAAUUUUUCACAAAUUUCAUGAUUUUUUCAACUCUGGCAUUGUGAUCAACUGCAUCAUUUUACAUCUGUGUAGUUCUUUUUGUCUCUGUCUCAGAAAAGGUGUCUCUUUAUAUUACUGCAUCUAUUUUUUUAUCUUGAAAUGUGUGAAUGUCAGUGGAUAGUGGAAAAUGAUGCACUUUGGUUACUGUCAAACCAACACUGUUAUCUUUUCAUGAAAUGUCUGGAUAAAAUCUGGACAAUAAUCUCCAGGUGUUCUAUAAACAUUGGUUGGUUAAGAAUGAAAAACUUAGCUGUCUUAAAUAUUUUGUGUAAAAAAAUCAA